CAGCCAACAAGCAGUUCGUUGUAGAAGUUCUGGCGUAACGGAUGUGCGAAGAAAAGACUCGAAGCGACCACUUCGGGGCAGUUCGGCCAUUCAUUCAUUUUUCGUUGAGUGCUUGAACGGGUCUCAUUAAAUUUCGCGUACGCGGCAUUUAAGUAAGUGCUGGUCGUAAAAAAACGGACGGACGGACAGCAAAAGGAAUAAAGUGUGACGAAUAGCUUUUGUUGCAAUUUAAAGAAAAAAUAAAAAUAAGUGACGAUGAGCGAAUGAGUACGCGCGGUGCCAAGUUGGGAAAGUUGAAUAUUUUUAAAAUAGAAAUUCAGUGAUAAAUUAUUUAUAUUGCUGCUUCUUUUAAAUACAACGGUAUUUUGAAUGAAUUAAAGUUGGUGAGAAAAACUUGAAAAAAGUAGUUAAAAGUGUGGAAAAUUAAAUCACAUUCAAGAAUUAUUAUAAAAUACGCAAAAACAAAAUCAAACAACAACAUUAAAAACUUUCUGUCAAAAAGUGUUCAAACGAGCAGAUUAUUUCUAACGAGGCACAGAAGCGUUGGUGAUUAACUGUAAAAUCAAAAUUCAUAAUCAAAUCAUAUCAGAAAGCGAAACAAUCACAACAUAGAAUAAAACUUCAAAAAUAUAACAGCAACAGAAUACAGAUAAAGAAAAUAAUAUAAAACUUAAUAAAAUAUGUCGACUUCUGUACAAAACCCGAACAAAUCACCAAGCACCAUCGACGCCACCGCCGUUAUUUCUGCAACCGCUCUCACCGCCAGCUCUGCCAUACAACAACUCUCCUCCAUUUCGCUGAUGCUGGAAUACGAUAUUGACAAUACGCUGAAUACGAUCAAAGAGAAUGGUGCACACUUGAUACAGCAACAGCAGCAGCAGCAGCAACAACAACAAUCUCAACCAACGCAACAACAACAACUGCAACAACAUCACGCGCAAAAGAAUGCCGGUCAAUUAGCAGCGAUACAUGCGACGAAAGGUGAAACCAUCAACACGAACAAACAUCAGACGACAAUACAGCAACAACAACACUGCGAUGCCACAACCACGACAACGGCAAAAGAUAUCAAACAACCUGUGCUGCCACCAACACCACCAGCCACACCCAAUUUGGCGACAACAGCACGCAAACGCUGGAAGAUUUUAGCAAAAGUGCUGCGCAAAGACUCCGAGGAGACCGUCUCGUCGUCGGGUGAGGAGUUUGGCGAAGAGCAGACCGCCUCGGUGCGUCGUUUCAAGUCCUUUGACCUGCUGCGACAGGACAGUUUCGAGGAUCAUAUAACAUUAAAUUGCCUGGGCAAACCGGAGAACUGGUACAAGUACAGCGUGCUGUUGGAUGGUGUGUGUCAGCAUGAGUACACCGUCAACAUACAUCAUGUAGAGCGACAGCUUACAGCGAGCGACCUAAUGGGCUUCAAUAACACCGGUAAUAUUUGUGUUUGGCCCUCGGAGGAAGCGCUGACUGCUUAUGUGCUGGCAAAUGUUGGCGCGUUUAGUGACAAAUGGAUAUUGGAACUGGGCGGUGGAUUCACAUGCUUGGCCGGCCUUAUGCUCUCCAAGUACGCCAAGCCGUAUGCCGUACAUCUCACCGAUGGCAACGAGGUGUCCGUCGAGAAUGUAAAGAAGACAGUGUGCUUGAAUGAGCUCGCUUGCUAUACGAAAUGUUCGGUGCUCAAGUGGGAGGAUGUGGAAGCGCGUACAGGUACCGAAGCUUUAAAAUUCGAUGUUAUACUCUCAGCUGAUUGCCUGUUUUUCGAUGAGGCACGCUCAGCAUUGGUGGAAACCAUUUGGUACUAUAUGGCACCCCGUGGUGAGGCGAUCAUAAUGGCACCGAGGCGGGGCAAGACCAUGGCGAUGUUUGUGGCUGAGUGCACGCGUCGUGGUUUUGCAGUGGAGAUAACGCAGCGCUACAAUGAGACCAUAUGGAAGCGGCACGAGGAGCUGAUGUUGACGUCAGAUCUCUAUGAUGAGGACUUGCAUUAUCCAGUGUUACUGCGGCUGCGUAAGCCCGUAAUGGGAUAGAAGUGAUGAAAGGCUGUGCGAUAAUGCAACGAGCGGAAGAUAAAAAACGUCAAAUUCUAUACAAAAAAACAAUAAAAAAAGAAAAACAAUUAUUUUAAGCAACCAAUUUUGUAUUAUCCCAAUAAUUCCAAAUACGCAAAUUCCGAUUAAUUACGAUUAUGAAGAAAAUGAUAUUAAAUAUAAUAAAUUAAUAUAAAUAUGAGAUUAUA